GUUCAUGUCCUCCCUGGCUUUCAACCGAACUCGAAACACAUCCCUUCUCUCUCUCUCUCUUCUGUCUCUCCUUACCUUUAUUUGAAUCUUGGAUCAUCCUCCUCAUCCACCUUUUAGCUACUUUUUGGAUCAAAGAGAUCGUAAGUCUUUUUUUACUUUUUCUGAUCACAUGGCGAUUAAAGAUGAGACGGAGGAGAGUUGUGGAAGCAGAGCUGCUGCUUCGGUUACUAAGGAGAACCCUAGGCAGCAACGUAUGAAACUGGAGGUGUACGGUGAUGUUCUACAGAGAAUCCAAGAGUCUAACUACGAAGAAGCUAACUUCCCUGACUUUGAUGAUCAGCUCUGGCUCCAUUUCAAUCGUCUCCCUGCUCGGUAACUUUUUUAAAAACUUUUUUUUUGGAUCAAAUGAUGAUAAGUUCUGAGGAUUUGUAAUCUGUUUUUUUUUUUACUUUGUGUGAGUUUGGUCUGAAGAUAUGCUAUGGAUGUAAAUGUUGAGAGAGCAGAAGAUGUACUCAAUCAUCAGAGAUUGCUCAAGUUAGCUGAAGAUCCUGCUACUAGACCUAUUUUUGAAGUUCGUUGUGUACAGGUUUCUCCCUCACUGAAUGGACAUUCUGCUGAGGCUGAUACUUCAGAUCCUGCUGUUAAGGAAGAUGCUCAAAGCUCAUACCACUCUAGCAGGGUUCUUGCACCUCCAACUUUUGGGUCUUCUCCAACUUUUGAGGCUCUUACGCAAGCUUAUAAACAUCAUGCUGAAGAUGAUGAUGAUAGUGCUGUCAAUGCGCAGUUGCCUAAUUCUCGACCGAUGCACGAGAUCACCUUUUCAACCAUUGACAAGCCUAAACUCCUUAGUCAGUUAACUUCCAUGCUUGGUGAACUUGGAUUGAACAUUCAAGAAGCUCAUGCUUUUUCUACUGCGGAUGGUUACUCUCUGGAUGUUUUCGUUGUUGAUGGUUGGUCGCAGGAGGAAACAGAAGGUUUAAAAGAUGCAUUGAGGAAGGAGAUAAUGAAGCUUAAGGAUCAACCUAGCUCAAGGCAAAAGUCUAUUACUUUCUUUGAGCAUGACAAGUCAACUAACGAGCUUGUACCCGCCUGUGUUGAAAUACCAACGGAUGGAACUGAUGAGUGGGAAAUUGACAUGAAGCAGCUCAAAAUUGAAAAGAAAGUGGCAUGUGGAUCAUACGGAGAACUGUUUAAAGGAACCUAUUGUAGUCAGGAAGUAGCUAUCAAAAUUCUAAAACCAGAGCGUGUAAAUGCUGAAAUGCUCCGAGAGUUUUCUCAAGAAGUGUAUAUAAUGAGGAAAGUAAGGCACAAAAAUGUUGUUCAGUUUAUAGGUGCAUGCACUCGAUCUCCAAACCUAUGCAUUGUGACAGAGUUCAUGGCUCGAGGGAGCAUAUAUGAUUUUCUUCACAAACAGAAAGGCGUUUUUAAACUUCAAUCUUUGCUCAAAGUGGCGCUUGACGUCUCCAAAGGAAUGAACUAUUUGCAUCAAAACAAUAUUAUCCACCGAGACCUCAAGACCGCUAAUCUUCUUAUGGAUGAACAUGAAGUGGUCAAGGUAGCUGAUUUUGGGGUUGCGAGAGUGCAGACUCAGUCAGGAGUCAUGACAGCUGAAACUGGGACUUACCGAUGGAUGGCUCCAGAGGUCAUUGAGCACAAACCUUAUGAUCAUAAAGCAGAUGUCUUCAGUUAUGCGAUCGUGUUGUGGGAACUUUUGACUGGAGAGCUCCCAUAUUCUCACUUGACUCCACUGCAAGCAGCUGUUGGCGUUGUCCAAAAGGGACUUAGACCGAAAAUUCCUAAGCAAACACACCCAAAACUGACUGAACUUCUUGAGAAAUGUUGGCAACAAGACCCAUCUCAAAGACCUGAUUUUGCAGAGAUCAUAGAAAUGGUUAAGCAACUACUCCAUGAGGUUGGAAAUGAAGAGCGCCGAAAGGAUAAACGUGGUGGCUACUUCUCAAGUCUAAGAAAAGGCCACCAUUGAUAUACUCUCUCAAGUAGAUUGCUGAAAAUUUGUUCUUUGAUGUUUGAUAAUAGAGCUCAACUAUCAUCUUGCUUUGUAUAGUUUUUGUUUCUGAUGGUGAGGGAUCUCUUUAUAACUGUAGAGUAUUUUCCUAGAGCCUCACUUUUCUACUUCAAAGUUUUUUUUCCGAGAAGAAUCACUGAGCGGCUAUUAAAUUAUGUUGUUACUACAUUACUUUUUGUGAGGUCUGCCUUUCUAGAGUGAAAGUGUGAAACUAGUGAUCUUAUUAUCUGGUAGAGUGCAAUUUAGACACAUAAACAAAACACUUGUGUUGAGAACA